UUCUAGAAUGUUCUGUAUGAAAGAGGCAGGCAGUUGGAGGUGCUGACAGGAGGGAGAAGACCAGGAAGCAACCGAGGAAACAUCAAGUCGAAGACAGCACUCAAGCCGAGGAAAUAAAAUGGCAGACACAAAAGGGAAAGAGGCCAGAAAAGAUAGUGUAAAACCAGGUGCAAAACAGAAGACUCCAACAGGGAAAAAAGGGAAAGCGCCCAGAAAAGCUAGUGUAAAACCAGGUGCAAAAAAAGGCAAGGCUAAAGACGCGACUAAAACACCUCCGGCAGGUGAACAAGUAACGCUAGCUGAGGAAGAAGGAAAAGAAGAGGAAGAGGAGGAAGAGGAAGAGGAGGAUUCCCCCAUAAUGAGAUAUGCCCUUGCACUGCUCUGCAUCCUCAUGUGCUGCUGCUCGGCCGUAUUGUUCUCAAGAUAUUACACUGAAAUGAACCUACUCGUAGACACUAUUAUUGCCAUGAGGAGGAUCCGGGAUUUCAUGGUCACUGUCAAUGAUUCGCUGGUUGGAACUAAUGAUACAUGGAUACUCAACCAAGCCGAGGAGUUGGCAUACCGAUUGGUGGACACCAACAACAAGAUGGCCCAGCUGGACUCUAGCUUCGAGGACGUCCAGCAAAAGGUGAAGUCGGGCUGGAAGCUGUAUGAAGACAGCAUCUAUCAUGUCGGCAACACAUCCAUGACUUUUAACAACUCCGCAAAACAAUGCAAAGGGCAGGGCGCCAAGUUGGUGACAGUGGCCAGAAAAAAAGUCCAGCUAUUCCUGGAGGAGGAAGCCAAAGCCGCCAAAGCAGACUUAUGGAUCGGAUUGCAAUGGGAAACCAACAAAUGGAAAUGGCCCGAUGGCACAGAACUCACCACACCGUCAAUUCUGGGCGGCAGGCCAACCAGACGGGGACCCUUCUGAUAAAGCCUGUGUUGAAAUCAGCCACACUUGUACAACAAGGGAGGAGUGCUGGAAUAAUGUUCGCUGUGAAGAAAAGAAGAGACCUGUUUGUGAGGUAGAUCUGAAGCAACUGUUCAUAUCUUAAAAUCUGGAGUCCUUGAUCUUCGGGUGAAAAUUGUUGUAUGUCUAGAACUGAUUAAAAAAACAUCCAAUUCACAGAAA